UCCAGCAUAUAACAGUAUCUUACAACCAUAAUAUAAGACAGCAUGGUGCCUGUGUUGAAGAGAUUGCUCUUUUUUACUUCGAUUCAAUAUGGCUGCUACGGACUUCCGAUCGAUCAACAGGCAACCUUGGAGACGAAAAACUUGUACAGCAAUCUACUGAAGCUGUCACGUGAUGGCAGCAGGUUCGUGUUUGGGAUGCAGGGAUCGACACAGUGGGGGGAAUAUGGCGGCCACUCGCCAUACCACGUUUACCAGAAUGGAAAUACCAAAGGAUGGGCCUUCACCAGUCAACAGGCACACGAUAAGGAUAACGAUGACCUUUGUGACGUCUGCUCAAUCACGAACCAACAUCCGGGCAUCAUGGGUAUGGACUUCCGGGAUCUAACACCCUAUUACCUUGACACCGUGACAUAUCUUGCCCACAAAGCCUACGCUCGAGGAGAAGUUAUUACCUUUUCAUGGCACCAUAGUAACCCAGUAACGGGAGGAAAGUUCUACAUUGCGGACGACCACGGAGACGUGGCCCACACCAUCCAGAAACUUCUCCCCGGUGGCCCGAAUAACGUUAACUUGACGAAGAACCUGGACAAAAUCGCUGACUGGGCGCUUAAGUUUAAAGAUCCUCAAGGGAAGCUUAUUCCUGUCAUAUUCCGUCCCUACCAUGAGAUGAAUGGUAGAUGGUUCUUCUGGGGGAUGGGAAAUGCAGCCCACAACACCCCGGACGAGUAUAAGCAACUCUGGCAGUUCCUUGUCCGUUACCUCCGUGAUGUCAAACACGUCCACAACUUCCUCUACGCGUACAGUCCCGGUUCGGUGAUAGAUAACCAUGAAUACAUGCUCACCUACCCUGGUGACGACUACGUCGACGUACUUGGUCUCGACUACUACUAUACCGGUUCGACUUCAAGAAACCCCACAGAUCUUAUCGCUAAAAUCGAGAGCGUUGUUGAUGUGGCACAGAGGAGGAAUAAGAUAGCGGCUGUGACUGAGUUCGGAUCUAACAACCCAAGUGUAGAUAACCAUCCCAAUUUAUGGAUGGAUCUGGUCCUCAAGCCCAUGAAAGAGAGUAAGACAGCUCUAGGCAUUGCGUACUUAUCUACGUGGAUUAACAGGUGUUCGGGUGACCGGAAGUGCGGUCAUCCCUAUACGCCAUAUAAGGGACAUCCCGCAGCAGACGACUUCCUGAAGUUCUUCAAUGACCCUGCCACUCUGUGGGAAAAGAACAUGCCAAAUAUGUACUCCUCGUGAAAUAAAUACAUUCUGCUUAAUAAUGAAUAUGUAAACAUGUUGAACAAGAUGAACAAGUUUGCAUAAUUUCAAUCAUUAAAGAGGUAAUUAAGUGAUAAUUAUUAUCAAACUAGAAAAGUUAAAACGCAUUCCAGAUUUAAGAGCUGACAUAAUGAUGGAUCUAAAGCCAUAUAAAAUGGUAACAGUGUGUACUUAAAAGUGUGCCAUUUCAA